UUUGGGUGCACAGUUGUGAGAGUCGCUGGGAAGCCCCUUCCCCCCAAAGCGCUUGCAGCCAGGACGCUGGACCCAGCCCCGCUCCGUGUUGCAGGCUUCCCUAUUUCACGCUUCCCUUUUCCACUCGUAUCCGCCCCCUGGCCUCCGCCCUGAGGGCGCCAUGCAGCGGGAGACAGGGAAGCGGAAACCAGGCUAAAUGAAGCGGAGCAGGGGAGACGCAGUAAUAGGAGGGGGGUCGCCUCCCGCUUCCCCUGGGUGCCUCCCAGGGCUCUGCUCAAAUAUCUGGUUCUGGAGGUGCACUACAGGGAUUCUUGCUGUUGUUUCGGUUUUGAUCUUGUGUAUUCACCUUGCGGUAAACUGCUCAUCAGGGAAAGGUUCUUCUGGCUCUCCUCCUCCAGAACCAUGCCCUGCCGACUGGCUGUACCACCAAAGGAAAUGUUACUGCUUCUCUGAGAAAGUAAAGGACUGGAACUCCAGUCAGAGCUUUUGUGCCUCACACAACAGCUCCCUAAUUGUAAUUGAAAGCCAGCAGGAACUGAAAUUUAUAAUGAAAAUAACAAAGCAAGAUCCGUGGAUUGGACUUCGCAAGACAGGAGAAGAAUUCCAUUGGGUAAAUGGGACUCCAUUAGAUACAAAUCUGUUGACAGUAAAGGGUUCUGGAGAAUGUGCCUAUAUUGAAUCAGAUGUGGUCUCCAGUUCUGGAUGCUCAUUACCCAGAGGUUGGGUCUGUAAAAUAGGCUCUUAGCUCUGUGUACUCAUGCUUCACUCAGCCAAUUAAUGUAAAACCCAGGGUUCAGCUGUCACAGUUGAGGGCAACUGCACCUGUAUGUCCCCUCAGUGAUCCAGCAAGGGCACCUAGUCUCAGGCUUGCUGCAUUGCUCUCCCUUCUGACUGGCGUAUUUCCAAGGCUGCACAGUUCCCUGCCUUUAUUGUGUUGUUCCCAGCACAGACAGGUUGCCCAAGGACACCUGCUUGCUUUCUCCUCUGAGACAGUUAACAGGUGUAAUGGCUACAGUUAUAAGAUAUCACACAGCACUUCCUAUGACAGCCCACUUUAUUCUUAUGGUAAAAAUCAUUACGGAGAAAACAUUGAAAACAAUAAAAGACACUACACACAUGCUACUAAGCUUCCCAGAAUUCACCCUAACAUGGAUUCUGGCAGGAGCAGUUCUUCCCUCCCCCCACCCAACAGAUUCCUUGUGGUUACAAGUUCAUCACAGCUUCAGCUCAGAACAAGCUCAAUAGGGCCAGUCCUUCCAACCCUACCAGAAGGAUUGGGGCCUUCUGUGGACCAGAGGUCCUGUCUGUUUGCUGGAUCAGGAAGAAGGCCCUGAGCUGGUUGAAAAUCAAAUUUUUUAUCCAAAAAUCUUUUUUUUCUGUUGGUCCCUGGAGAGUCCAGUUUGAAUUAGUAGAGGUGCACUUCUCCGGGUGGUGUUGUCUCUCUGGAGAUAUUACAACCUGGGCGAAUGUACCUAAUUACCCCCUGCUGUUCUCUUAUUUAUCCGUCCCUUGGAAACACAUACAUUUCCACAGUAAUACGGACAAAGUUACAUUUUAAUACAGUGGACCCCCAAAGGUAUUCACCUCUUUCAGUAAGGUCUAACUUAGUUCAAUAAAGUUCCUUCAGGAUAUUGUAGGAACUUGUCAGUCUGUUAUCUCAACAACAUCUUGAAAGCUAUAAAUGCAAUGUAGCCUCAGUACAUUUACAUACAUUUCAAAGCAUUAACAACUGUAGAUUAGCAAAAUCUCUUCCCCAAAACACUAACCCACAACCACCCCACCUGGAUUCAGAAAGGAAGGAGAAAGAUCUAUUAGCCAUGAACUGAGAACUCAGCCAGAGUUAAACAAGCUGGUGUGCUGUGAAUGCUGCUUGUCAGUCUCAUCUCAUCUCAUCGAUUCCUUGUGCUCUCCCCCUCCCACCAAUCUCUUUGGUGUAUCCACCUGUUCUUUCUCAUCCAAUAGUGAGCGUAUGUCUAUACUGCAAUCGGAGGUGAGACUGCAGCAAGCAUAGACAUACCCGAGGUAGCUUUGAUCUAGCUAGCUCAAAUUACAAUAAUAAUGCAGCCACAGCAACACGGGCUGUACAAUCCUGCUGGGGCCCUUGGGUAUGCAGUUGAGCUGCUAGCCUGUACUGCCACAGCUUCUGUGCUAUUGUUACACAAUCUAGUUAGAUCAAAGCUACCUCAAGUAUGUCUAUGCUUGCUGCAGUCUCACCUCCGAUUGCAGUGUGCCCUUAGAGUCUAAGCUCCUUGGCUAGCUAGAUCAAUCCAUCUUUUUGUCACGUUUGUGCGGUGCCUACCACAAUAGGGCCAUUAUCUCUAGGCAUUAUCGCAAUACAAAUAAUGAAUACUACUACUGAGAGUCACUUUCCAACCUAGGCUGAUCAGAGGAUGAGAUUCAAAUAAUUCCUGGAACCACAUAAGUUUGUAGCACAAGAUUCAGUUCAGGGGCAUCUACUAGGGUCACUUUCUUUUGACACCCAAAGAACAUGUGCUGGGGGAACAGUCCGAAGGGCUAUUCCAGUCCAGCAGUAAAGUUUAAGGUAGGCGGGGCAUGUUCCCAUCCAACUCUGAGCUAGGUAGGAAUGGAAUCUUAGGUUUCUGAGUGAGGGCUUGUCUAUGCUACGGGUGCUACAGUGGCAGCACUCCAGCUUUGCUGCUGGAUCACCACAGAGUAGAGGCUUCCAACAUUGACGGAAACCGGUUUUCCAUUGACGUAGGUAAUCUGCCUCCCCGAGGAAUGGUAGCUAGGUUGAUGGAAGAAUUCUUUCCAAGCACCAGGGGUUAGGUCAGUUUACCUAUUGUGCUCAGAAGUUUGAAUUUUUCACACCCCUGAGCACUGUAGCUAGGUUGAGCUAAAUGUUAAGUGUAGAUCAAGGCUCAGUAUAUGAAUCUACUAAUUUCUCUGUUGAGAUAGUUGUAAGAAUAGUGAGGGAUAAACGAGAGCAAGGUGGCUGUCAAACUCACUCACAGGGGUCAAUGUCGACGUGGCCCAGCCAAUUGAUUCUAGCUGCUGGUGACAUUUGACUCUUAUGGUAAGAAACCAUUCCAAAUCAGCUAUCAGCAGUUGGGAAGGAUCAGGAGUUACCAUUAGUCUGAGAAGACUGAAAGUCCUCUGAUGUGAGAGAGGUCUGAAGAAAAAUAUCAGCUUUCAUUUUUAAAAUAAUUUUCCUUUGACGAGCAGUGGCAAUAGAACCAGCCCAGAACCCCGCUGGCAGUUUGUCACAGAAUGUGUUUCCCAAAGUCCAUGGAACCAGUUCUUCAGCUGGUGCAAAUCAGUGUAAUUCCAUUGACUCAAGUGGAGGUGUGCCAGUUUACGCCAGUCGAGGAUCUGGCCCCUUGUGUGCUUUGGGGUUCCCUCCACCCACCUCUAUAGGUAUAGGGGUUAGUCUUCGUGAGCUGUGACACCAUGCACAUGGGGUUUUUUUGGAGGGAGCCCCCGGACCAUUUUAUAAAGUUUGCAUGAAGCCAUCAGUGAGUGCCAGCUGGUUAGCGAAAAGCAGAUCUCUUGAUAUUCUCAUUUGUUAAAAAUGUCUCUGUUUUUCCGUGUGUGUAAAAUUAUGCCUUGUUUUACAAACUGUUUAUUUACAGUAUUUACACUGCCAAUUUCCCCCCAUAAUGGUCUGUUUUUACUAUUCUCAUUGCCUUGUCUAUUUUUUUUCAAAGUAUUUUUCUUUAUUUGAUUUGAUUUGAUUAGUUUAUAGUUUAUUUGCUAUUUGGUUUUGUCCAUCAUAUGUACAGUAACUCCACACUUAUCGUCGACCCAGUUAACGUUGUUUUGUUGCUGAUCAAUUAGAGAACAUGCUCCUUUAAAGUUG